AUGACUAUUGAAAAUUUUGUUCAGCCCGCUAUUUCGCGUUUCGAUGGUCAUUAUGACCAUUGGAGUAUGUUGAUGGAGAACUUUAUUAGGUCCAAAGAGUUUUGGCCAGUUGUGAGUGUUGACGUACAAAAGCCAGCCACUGGUACUGCCUUGUCGGAAGCACAGAAGACGGAGUUAGACAGUCUAAGGUUAAAAGAUCUCAAGGUGAAGAAUUACCUUUUUCAGGCUAUUGAUCGCUCAAUACUGGAAACAAUUCUUUGCAAGGAUACUUCUAAACAAAUAUGGGAUUCCAUGAAGAAGAAGUAUCAAGGAAUGGCGAAGGCGAAACAAGUGCAGCUUCAAGCACUUCGUGGUGAGUUUGAGGCUCUACGUAUGCAAGGUGGUGAGUCGGUAACAGAAUAUUUCUCUAAAGUUUUGGCUAUCGUAAAUAAAAUGCGAAUUCAUGAAGAAAAACUAGAGGAUGUUACCAUCAUUGAGAAAAUACUUCAUUCCAUGACUGCAAAGUUCAAUUAUAUCGUUUGCUCCAUUGAAGAAUCCAAAGAUGUUGAUGUUCUUUCUAUUGACGAGUUGAAAGAUUCUUUGUUGGUUCAUGAACAGAAAUUAAACCAACAAAACAAGGAUGAAGUAGCAUUGAAGGCAGUGAUGUCUUCAAAAGGAAGAGAUCCAGAGAAGACAAGUGGAAAGGAAAAAAUUACCACCAGAAAGGGGAGAAAAACAAAGCUGGCGAUUCCCAGGAAAAGGAAAAAAGACGCGACAAGUCUCAAGUUGAAAGACGCGACAAGUCUCAAGUUGAAAGACGCGACAACAAGAAAGGAAGACGCAGAAACAAAGGAAGAAGAAGAAGAGGUUUCACUUUUGAUGGUGUAUACUUCCAAAGAGAAAGUUCCCUCGAAUUUGUGUAUAGCAGAUGCCCGUAUUCCAGAUGCUGCAAGGAAGAAGUUAGACGAUAAAGAAGAUGAAGAACCAGAACAGUUUUUGGAGAUUAGUUCACAAGCAAAUCUAACAGUACAAGACGCUGGAGGUGUUGAACAUGAAUCAGGUAAUGCUCACUUCAAUAAUAAACGUCCUCAAUGUAACAGAGUGCAUCGAGUUGGAUGGAAGAUUAUGAGGUAUAUGGGAUCAAAAACCAUCGAUGCCAAAUGGGUUUACAAAACAAAGCUGAAGAAAAACGGAGAGGUUGACAAGUUUAAAGCUCGCUUGGUAGCAAAAGGCUAUAAGCAAGAAUAUGGUGUUGACUACGAAGAGGUGUAUACUCCCGUUGCUCGAUUAGAUACCAUAGGAUUGGUGAUUGCUUUGGCUGCUCAAAUGCUUGGAAAAUCUUCCAGUUGGACGUGA